UAUUUUCUGUAGUGUAAGGUAAUUUUUUUUACAGGAAAUAUGGAGAUGAAGCCUAGAUCCCUUGGAGCAGAAGCAAUGAAAAAUCUAGAUGAUUGCUUCUUCUAUUAUUAUUCAACAUGCAACCGAGGCUCUGCUUGUCAGUACAGGCAUGAGCCUGCAGCUCUGAAUAGUGAAACCACGUGCCGCUUCUGGAUUCUGGGAAAUUGCACCAAGCCUCACUGUACAUUCCGGCAUAUGGAAAUUACUGCUCCUCGCAUCAGUGUUCAAUGCUACUUUGAACAGCAGCCAGGCGGCUGCAGAAGAGCAAACUGCACAUAUCUUCAUAGGAAAGAAACAUCACGUGUAGAUGAUUCAACUAUUGAUGAAGUUUUCGCAUGUGCAACAUCUCCUACUGGAAGCCCUCGUUCAAGCUGCUCUCCUUCGCCUACUCCUAUCCCUCCUCAUCCUGCAGUCAUUGUUUUACUAUCUGACUUGCAAGAUGAUGAUGAAGAGAAACUAACACCCCAGCACAACUUGGGCCGUCAAACCUUAAGUGAAGAACGAAUCCAAGAGCUCAAACUUAUUAAGAACAUUCAAAAUGAGCAAGCAGACUUGCUUGGAUAUGUCCUUGAGGAUGAUGAUGAUGGCUUUUAUACAGGGCUUGGCUCAAUACAGCAGCUGUUCGUGGAUGAAGUCGACAAUAUUGUUCAAGAUACUCAAAACUCAGAGAGCACAGAUCAGGCUCCACCUAGCCUCCCUGCCACGCCCAUCUGCUCUCCUGUCAUUUCGCCCUCUGAAGAUACUUUGUCAAGCGUUACAGUCUCUUCUUGUGAGUCGUCACCUCUCACUGAAGAAAGAAGCAGCGGGUCAGUUGUAAGCAGACCUCCAGCAGUUGAUAGACGCAUCACUUUUGACAAUAAUGCUGAUGUUGGCACCACAACGCGUCCAGUCCGUUAUUGCGAGCGCAGAAUUAGGAAAGGUGGCGUAGCAAGCGUCAUCUUGGCCGAGACACUGGGCACCAAGCCUCGGCUAACCUCAAAUACUCACACGUCAGGAUCCGUUCCUAAAACUCCUAUGUAUUCCUGUCACAAUGAAGAACCGCUAAAUGCUGACAAUGAUGUUUAUUGUAACGGGACAUCGCAGGAGUUUGUGCAACAAUUCACCCCUUCUGCUUAUCCUAGAGAAUACUCCUCAAUGUACGCUACCAGAGAGGGAGGAAAAAGGAAACUUUCAACGAAUAUUUUACCUUUGGAAAACAGUUACAAGAAAAUGCGAUCCUCUGAAGAUGCAAUUCUCAAUGGCACCACUCCAAUAAAUCGAUUUCAGCCGCAAGUGAGUAUUGCUGGAAGGAUAUCUUCCACGUGGGCCAACAACAUCCAGAAUGACUGCCUUGGUGGUUUUAAUGAUCGUUGGAGAAAUCCUUACGAAGGUCGCGCUCGUGAUUACUACCAUAGAAGAAGACCGGCUCGUCAGGAACAUAGAAAAUCAAAAAGCUCUGAAGAUUUUUGUCAAAAACUCAUAAUUAAGAACAUUGACGAAAUUCGACGUGAAAAAGCUAAUAGAAUAAACGGCUCAUGCAUGGAAUCGGGAAAAGGCUCUAGUUGACAUACAAUUUUCUGUUAAUGAUUUUAAUUCCAUUUUUUCAUUGCGUGUACAUUGUGUAUCCAAUUCAAUGUACUUGACAACCUUCAAAGCUACCAAUUUUUUAUGUUAAUUUAUGCCACUUGCCUUAAUCAAUUUCCAACGGCAAAAUUUUAAACUUCGGUUCGGAAAAAUUCUGUAAAUUCUUUGCGUGAUAUGAAGUUUCUGAUGACCCUGGUAUCAUUUUGGGUGCAUCGGAAUGAACUCAUUGCUAAAGAUAACUUAAACUGCCUUGCUAUAGCUUUGCCUCAGCACUUUGGCCUGUAAUGUUUUUAGUCUGUUGGAACUGUUUGCUGUAGAGAUGGAUUUUUGUACUACCUUGGAGCAGAUUGUACUAUGCAUAAAUCUCGUUGCAUGAAGAUCAUCUAAUUUGAUACUCAGUUGUGCAGUUUCAACCCUGUAUUUUUGAACCGAUGUCCCAAUAGGAUGUGAUGAACUAAUCUGAUCAAUAAGUCAGUGAUGUGCAAUUUACGAUCAUAGCGUGCAAGUAUAAGAAAUUUGGUCAAAUGUAGAUCUGAUUUGUGAUGAAAGCCCUUUUCUGAUGAGAUUAUGCAUGACUCGCAUGGAGCAUCGCAUAUGAAUUGUGAUAAAUUUUUUAAUGUUCUCUCAUUGGCAACAUAUUGAGAGCGCUUAGGGGUUAUUGUGCUGCUGUCAGAAUUCGAUGCAUCUAGCUCACACAUUUGCAUCAAAAUUUGAAACCAGGAAUCCGUUACAUUCAUGACAAGUCGUCUUUCGAUGCAAAAAGUUAGAUUGUUGUACAAUUUUUUCGAUUCCAUGAUUCUCACCUAUAAGCCUGUACAGCAAUUAAAUUACGAGGCAGUACAAAUAUGACUCUAUCGUGACCUGUGUUGCAAGUUUAGCCAUGAUUUGUUUCAAAUUUUGCAAUGAUUUGUUUCAAAUUUAGCCCAGCUGUUCAUGUAGCGGUGUGUGACGCUGACCAGGAGGCCCUUACUCCGCAUCUAUUGUGUCGGAUAGAACGAUCUUUACUGUUCCGUGUUGCUCAACUAAACUAUGAAUCACAACUGCCAUCUUAUGUCAUCGACUGUUGUAAGAAUGAUUUACAUGCACCGUUCCAAACCACCCGACACGUCCUGUUACAAUUGACAACAGUUUGUAGGCAGCCAUGCAAUGUUUAGUAGUCCAGGGCCUAUACCUUCAAAAAAAGUUAA